AUGGAGCAGAAGCAGCAGGAGAAGCAACACCAGCGAUCUCACGCAGCGGCCGAAGCAACAGCCGCAGCAGCAGCAGCAACAGCAGCAACAACAGCAGCACGUGAGUGCUGCUGGAGCAGCACGCGCUGCAGCGCUUCUGGGGCCCCUUCCACCCUAGUGCCCUCUGAGAGCGCAAAGGCCACCCGCGUCGCUGCUGCUGCUGCUGCUGCUGCUGCUGUUCCUGCUACUGAAGUGCGUUAUCCGCGGCACUGGCGGCAGCAGCUGCAGCAGCAAGAGCAGCAGGCGCUGCUGCGAGCCUUCCCAUUGGCUGCAGUUCGUCCGCAUCGUAUGACUUCAGGAGUGCAGCAAGAAGCUCAGCAGCAGCAGCAGGAACAGCAGCAGCCACGGCUGCAGCAGCUGCAGCAGCUGCAGCAGCAGCAAGAACCCAGCUGUUUAGAUGCCCUGCUGUUCCUGCUGGAGCGACAGGAGCAGCACCUGUUGCAGCAGCAGCAACAGCAGCAGCAGCAACUUCUCCGGGAGCCCGAGAGACUGGAGCUGCUUGGAAAUGCCAUAACAGCUGUGAAGGAUGCCAUGCAGCGGGAGCAGCAGCAGCAGCAGCAGCAGCAGCAAUGCGGCAUAUCACCCCUUGCUGCUGACAGAGAACUGCUGCAGGCCCUAGUGAAGGCCCAAAUGGCGCUGCUGCCUGCAGAAGCGUGUGCCGGUGCUGCAGCGCAUGCAGCAGCAGCAGCAGCAUGUGCUGCAGCGCAUUGUGCUGUUGCUGCUGCUGCUACCGCUCGAGCACCAGCAGCAGCACCACUAAGCGCCGUGGCUGCUGCAGCGCGGCGCUCCUCCCCCGAGGUUUCUUGUGAGGAAGCCAUUUGCUCAGCAGCAGCAAUUGGUUUAGCUGCUGCAGCAGCAGAUCAAGCAGCUGCUGCAGCAAGCGAAGGUAUAGCCGCAUGCAGCGAGCGCAAACAGAGUGGUGCGGACCGAGCUUCAGUAGUAGCAGCAGCAGUAGCCGAAGCAGAAGCCGCAACGAAAGCAGGUACAACAGCAGCUGCAGCAGAUGCAGAAGCAGCAGCAGCAGCAGCAAAUGUAGCAGCAGCAGCAGAUACGGAAUGUGUAUCUCACAGUGCUGCACCUCAUCCUGGAGACAGGCCUUACAAUGAAGACGAGCGCUGUUUGAGUUUGUCCGGCCGCAGCACGAGCAGCAACAGCAGCAGCAGCAGCAGCAGCCACAGCAGCAGCAACAGCAGCAGGACUAGCUUGGGAAAUCAAGUUUUUGCGGCGCUUGACUUUUCGGGGGCCCCCGAGAGGCCCCCUACGGCAGAUGAAGCAGCUUCGGCUAUCAGCGAGACAAAGACGGAGCUGCAGCAGCAAGAAGUACGGCAGCAGCAGGAGCAGCAGCAGCAAGCUGAGGAUGAGACCGAUUUGCUGCAUUCGCUCGUGCUCGAGCUGCUUGACCGGCUGCAUCUGCAGCAGCAGAAGCACCCGGGAGACACAGAGGAUGCUGCAGCAAUAGCACAGCUGAGAGAGGACUUCGUUGCUGCUUUGCUGCAGCAGCAGCAGCAGCAGGAGCCGCAUGAGGACGUGUACGGUGAGGAGCAGCAGCAACUGCUGCAGCAGCAAAGGCUGCUGCUGCAGGACCAGUGGUGGCGUGAGGCUGAGCGGGGAAAAGGGCGCGAAGAGGCAGCAAUGCAUCGGGAAGCAAAGGCAGCAGGCUGCGCCGCUUCAGAAAGAGCAGCAGCAGCAGCAGCAGGGCGUGAGAUGCAGCAGCAACAGCUGCUGGUCCCCCCUGAAGCUGUGGUAUUCCGUCUUAACACUUCUGCUUCUGAGAGCUCGCGAGGCUGCAGCGAGGCAGAAGACUAA